AAGGACAUCAAUCUUGGGCUGCUCAUUUUUCCCAUCGCUUUGAGGUUUACUGGAAAGGCAAAAGCAGAAGAGAAUGUCUCAAGUCAAUGGUGGCUUUGGUUGCUACUACACUUGAGGCUGCCAUCAAGGACUGGAGAAGUGGAUCUUAUGUUAACACAGACUUCAAUGCUGGUAGGGUUAUUGAAACCUACCUUACUCACAUUCAGAAUCUCCUAAAUAUUCAGGAGAAAAAUCCAUCUGGCUAUCAUUUUAUAAUGACAACUCUUUAUGAUCUAGCCAGUUCUGGACAGAAAUUCUCUGCACUUAAGGCUUCAGCUGAAGAUAUGAUGGAGGAUUUGGAUCUUCAAGGAAUGCCAGAAGAUUCUGAAGAGGCAAGUGAGGAGAUAGAGGUUGAGGUGAGGAAAAAGAAGGAAAAGGAGAGGGAGGUUAGAGGUGAGGAAGCAGAAGAGGAGAUCUUUGGAGGUGAGAUUGACUAUGGCAGUGAAGAGGAAAGUGAGAAUUAGAGAUAGUCUUUUAAAGUAAGUGUUUUAUUUAUUGUUUUUUAUUUUUCAAUAUUACAAGUUACUCAUAUUGUACUCUUUACUUUCAUAGGCAACUUUCUUUCUUUCUUUUAGUACUUGGCUUCUGGGUUCCCUCCUUAUGGUACUCUUGAUAUUAUUGCUUUUAUUACCUUCUUUAUAUGCCUUCAUUCUUAUCUGGUUUAACUUCUACACUAGUUAGUUACUCUCUACUAUAAUAAUAGAGUCUAUUUUAAUAU